AUGGCGCCGGCGUGGGGCGGGGCCUGCGUCAGCGCGCCUGUGCUCCAUGCCCCGCCCCUAGGACUGUCCUCGCGGAAGUGUUCCGGGAUCGCGCGUCAGGUGCGCCUGGAGCGGUGGGUUGGGCACCCUGGUUCGCUUCACGUGGCUCCGCACUUGGCCGCGUGCCGAGGCGAGGGCCGCGGAGACUUGGGCGUCCUGGAGGAUUCGGUCUCAGUCGCCGAGGCGGUAUCGUCCCUGACCCUUGCAGAUGUGUUCGUCGCGGUAGAUGAGGGCCCGGCCCUGCCUCCGCCGCCUCCCGCGCAUACCAGGAGGUUCAUCUGCUCGUUCCCAGACUGCAGCGCCAAUUACAACAAGGCCUGGAAGCUUGACGCGCACCUGUGCAAGCACACUGGGGAGAGACCAUUUGUUUGUGACUAUGAAGGGUGUGGCAAAGCCUUCAUCAGGGACUACCAUCUGAGUCGCCAUGUCCUGAUUCAUACUGGAAAAAAGCCAUUCAUUUGUACAGCUAUUGGCUGUGACCAAAAGUUCAACACAAAAUCAAACCUGAAGAAGCAUUUUGAACGCAAACAUGAAAAUCAGCAGAAACAGUACGUGUGCAAUUUUGAAGGUUGUGAGAAGACCUUUAAGAAACAUCAGCAGCUGAAAACCCACCAGUGCCAUCAUACCAAUGAACCGCUAUUCAAAUGUACCCAGGAAGGGUGUGGGAAGCACUUCGCCUCACCCAGCAAGCUGAAGCGACACAGCAAGACACAUGAGGGCUAUGUUUGUCAAAAAGGAUGUUCUUUUGUGGCAAAAACAUGGACAGAACUUCUGAAACAUGUGAGAGAAACCCAUAAAGAGGAAAUAACAUGUGAAGUAUGCCAGAAAACAUUUAAACGCAAAGAUUAUCUGAAGCAACAUAUGAAAACUCAUGCUCCAGAGAGGGAUGUGUGUCGAUGUCCAAGAGAAGGCUGUGGAAGAACCUACACAACCGUGUUUAACCUCCAAAGCCACAUCCUCACCUUCCAUGAGGAAAGGCGCCCCUUUGUGUGUGAACAUGCUGGCUGUGGGAAAACAUUUGCAAUGAAACAAAGUCUCACUCGACAUGCCAUUGUGCAUGAUCCUGACAAGAAGAAAAUGAAAUUCAAAGUAAAAAAAUCUCGUGAAAAACGAAGUUUGGCCUCUCGUCUCAGUGGCUAUAUCCCUCCUAAAAGGAAACUAGAAGAGCAGGGCUCAUCUUUGUCUAAAAAUGGAGAGGCGCUGAGCUGUAUGAAAGACCAGGUGCUCUCAACAGUUGCAAUACUUACCCUCAACUAAAUUAUCACAUUGCUUUGUUUAAAGGGCUCAGUAAUUUUCCUUCAGAAGCAUGUUUUUCUUUAUUAAAAUCACAGAUGUAAAA